ACGACGCCAAUAACAACAACAACAACGACCACAACAACGUCAAUCACAACGCCGACAAUAACACCAACAGUAUCGCCCGGCGCUCCAGGGCCCGUGGAAAGAAUUGAUGAUGACAUGUACCGCCAGUUUGCGGGCGAGGACUACCUCAUUGAUGCAAAAGAUUUGAGAGACUUGCUGAAUGCUCUUUGUCUAUCUGCUUAUGGUAGUGAAGGAGGAUUCUCACUGGAAACUGCUCGCAGUCUUCUUGCCAUGUACGACACGUGGCAUUUGGGCGUCGUGUCCAGUGAAGAGGCUAGUAAAGUGUGGGCGUUUGUCAAGAACUGGAAGGAACGGUUUGAUCGGUUUGACAAGGAUAACUCAAGAUCCAUCGACUCGCUGGAAUUAAGGCGUAUCUUCAGGGAUAGCGGGUUUUCUUUAAGUUUGGCCAGUUCGAUGGCUCUAUCAGUCCGCUAUGGAGGCCGCCUUGGAUCAAUAGGGUUUGAUGACUUUAUCCUCUUGGUCGCCAAGACAAAACGCUGCUACGACAGUUUUAUCAGUUUUCAAGCGAACCCCAAGGAAGACGCUACGGUUAACCUUGAACAGUGGAUGGAAGCUGCUUUGUAUCUUUAA